AUGUACGAUCGGAUAAGGGAGAAGCUGUGCGAAGACGUAAGCGUUGAGCUGGAUGAUACGGAUGAUGCUGAACCUGUGCGAUGCACGGGGCAACUUGUCUCCCUGCGCCGCGCGCCUGAGAUGGGCGUGCCUGGGCUGCACCAGAUGGGCGUGCCUGGGCUGCACCAGAUGGGCGUGCCUGGGCUGCACCAGAUGGGCGUGCCUGGGCUGCACCAGAUGGGCGUGCCCGAGAUGGACGUGACUGAGUUGCACCAGCUGCUGCUGGCGCAGCAGGCAGCGGGUGGGGGAGAGGGAUUGGGGACGAACGGGGAGGCGGAUGGGGGAGUGGGGAGAGGGGAAGUUGGGGAAGGGGGCUUGAGAGGCGAGGCAGGAGGAGGGGAAGCAGCAGUGGGAGGGGGAGAGAGUGGGCGGGGUGGGCGGCGGGUAGUGGUGGUGGACACACGUACAGAGGAGGAAUCAGCAGUGUCGAUGAUUCCGGGCGGCACACUGAAGCAGAGCGACUUUGAGCGGCAGAUGGGACGAUUCAGCGAUCACCAAGUCGUGUGCUACUGCACCAUAGGCUAUCGCAGCGGCAACUAUGCUCGCAUGCUGCACUCGCACCACAGCAUGCACGCAGCCAACCUCAAGGGUUCCAUCCUCGCGUGGACCCACCACCGCCUCCCCCUCACCUCCCUCUACCACCCUCAAACCGGCUCUGGCCCGCUCCCCAUCCUUUCCCACGCCAACACAAGUGCCAACACCAGCACCGCACAUGAGUCAACCUCCCAGCACGAUUCAACUGCUGCGUGUGGAGCUGGAGCAAGAGGAAAGGGAGCAACGGGCUCUGGUGCUGCCACUGAUCUGCCAGUGCUGCCCUUGGGAUUGGGCGCCACCACGCGCGUGCAUGUGUACUCACCCAAGUACGAGCUGCACGCAGAUGGGUACCAGCCGAGCAGCAGCGGGGUCACGGUGGAGCAGCAGGGGAAGGGGAAGGGCGGAAUGGGAACGGGGGGCGGUGGUGGUGGUGGUCCCUCUGACGCCCAUGCUGCCAUGGCGCUCAUUAACGAGACUGCUUCAAACGAGGAUGGAAGAUCAGGAGAAGCAGAAAAGGCGAGGGGAGAGGAGGAAGCAAGGAUGGAGAAGGUGGAUAAGAGCAGCGACAGAAAGAGGAGAGGAGAGGCGGGUGGGAGGGAGAAGGGCGAGCAGGAGUCAGUUGGCAUGACACGCCAGCAGUGGGAGUUGGUAGCGCAGGUGGAUGGCAGUGGUCGGCUGGUUCCCGUGCAUGUGAGACGAGUGGGGUCGUCAGGGUGA